UAUUUUGAAUCAAGUAAAUAUCCCCCCAUCGAAUCCAAGGCCUUAAACCCUACCUGUGUCUGAGUUCUCCAUUGAAGCGCACUCAACGUUCUCCACUGAAGCGCCACUCAACGUUCUCCACUGAAGCGCAGUUCACUUUCUCUGAAUCCUUGUAAUACUUGUAUCCCCUAUUGAAGAAAGCUUUGUAUACCCCAUUGAAGCAGCUUCCGUGGUUGUAGUUUAUAGAACCCAUUAAUGUCAGGAAGAAACCAUAAAAAACGACCUUUGCUUUCUGGGCGAAGGGCGGCCGCCACUCCUGCCCUUGCUAAGGGACGAGCCAGUUCAUUCGCAAAGCAGAAUAACUCGAAAAGGCGGCGCAAAUUUGAUAGCAGUGAAGAAGAAAAUGGGUUUGAUGGUGAGAUUGCGAGCGACAUGUCGGAUGGUGGGGAUGAUUUCUUUGAGGAUGAAAGUAAUGGUGGGGUGAAGGAGAAAACAGAGGAGGAGGAAAAGGAGGAGGAGUUGGAGAGAGAAACUGUCGACGAGCGAAGGCGGCGAUUGGCAUGGGAACUUGUUCAGAAAGUGAGGAAAGGUGAGGAGGAAGAAAGAGAGGAGGAUGAAGAUGAUGAUGAUGAUGAUGAGAGGGAGGAGAGAGGUGGGAUUAGGGAUUCUCUUGUUGCUAAGAUUUUGCAGCAGGAGCAGCUUGAAGAUAGUGGUAGAACUCGUAGAUUGAUCGCUUCCAAAUUACAGAAGUUAGAAGAUAAAGAAGAACCAGAGUUUUUAUUUAAGCAUCGGCAAUCUGUUACUGCUGUAGCUCUGUCUGAUGAUGAUAGAAGAGGGUUUUCAGCUUCAAAGGAUGGUGGUAUUGCCCACUGGGAUGUUGAAAUUAGAAAAGCAGAAAAAUAUCUUUGGCCCUCUGAAGACGUCUUGAAGUCCCAUGGUGUUAAAGAUCCACAGGGUCAAUCAAAUAAGAAGGGUAAAGUAAUGAAGCAUAGUAAGGAUAUCCUAGCAUUGGCUGUUAGUUCUGAUGGCCGUUAUCUAGCUACCGGUGGUUUUGAUCGUCAUGUUCAUUUAUGGGAUACACGUACACGGGAGCAUAUUCAGGCUUUUCCAGGUCAUAGAGGACCUGUGUCAUGUUUGACAUUUAGGCAAGGGACUUCAGAAAUCUUUUCUGGUUCAUUUGAUCGAACAGUUAAGAUUUGGAAUGCUGAAGAUAGAGCGUACAUAACAACAUUGUUUGGUCAUCAAAGUGAGGUGUUAAGCAUUGAUUGUAUGAGAAAAGAACGGGCAUUGACUGUUGGACGUGAUCGAACUAUGCAGUUGUAUAAGGUUCCGGAGGAGUCACGUCUGGUUUACCGGUCUUCUACUUCUGCUCUUGAGUGCUGUUGCUUUGCUGGUAAUGAUGAAUUUUUGUCUGGAUCUGAUGACGGAAGCAUUGAGCUGUGGAGCGUAUUGCGUAAAAAGCCGGUCUCUAUUGUAAAAAAUGCUCACACUCUGUCUGCAUUGAAGAAGCAAGUAGAGCUAAAUAGCAACGGAGUUAUGUCUAAUGGUCAGAUUGAUAGUAGUGAAUUUAAAGCAAGUAGCCCAUGCUCAAAUGCACAGUCCUGGGUCAGCUCUGUCACUGUAUGCAGGAAUAGUGACCUUGCUGCAUCCGGUGCUGGAGAUGGGUUUGUUCGAUUAUGGCAAAUCAACAGUGAGACCAAAGCUGUUGCACCCUUAUUUGAUGUUCCUUUGGUGGGGUAUGUGAAUUCCUUGGCUAUUGCAAAAUCUGGUAGAUUUCUUGUUGCUGGAGUUGGGCAGGAACCACGUCUUGGAAGGUGGGAUCGUAUAUCUACAGCUAGAAAUGGUGUUGCUUUGCAAUCCUUCAAGCUUACAUCAUAGGUGUCCAAUGCAUCUUGUAAAAUCUCUUCAAUUUUGACUAUUUAUCAAGGUACCAGGAUGUAAGAGAUCUUAUGUCUACGAUUUUGAUGAUUCAUUUGAUUCCUUGUGAGUUUCAACUGUGAUCGACCUCCAAUUUUGUAACAAUAUCAUGUUUCUUAGUUAAUGAACAGCAAAUACUGUGCAAUUUGCUGGUAGCAUUCGAGUUGUAAUGAAUGCUAGUAAUAUUAGCAGUAGCAAUAGCAGUUCAUACAUCAGUUUAGGUGAGUGAAAUUUGAAUCAAAGUUAUAUUUGCUGAUUUAUACAAGCUCCUAGUUGCAAUGCUAAA